UAUCGCACCCCCGGUGCGACACUGUCACUUUUGCAAAAAACACAAAAAUGGGAUAAAUACUUUAAAAUGGUCCUAAAGCACCCCUUUACUUGGUGCGAUAACGUCACUUGUAUAGUACGCAUAGUUUCCGUCAGAGAGCGUGAGUGUCAUUGUCGUUUUGGCGGGAUUCACGGCGCUGCUGGGAGCGACAUCGUUUCAUUGGUCAGUUGUGUGCGGUCCCCCGCCAGUGCAAAUGUGUCUUGGAGCUACACUGUUACUAAGUUGUUUCUUGAAUGUAAUAAGAUGCUGUCUCGGGGAAAAAAAAUGGUUCUACUGACACGUGGUCUAACCUCACCCAUUGAAAGAAAUGAAUCUUCAGUGUCACCUUCUGAAGUCAAUCAAGAUGGCAGAAACUCUGUUUUGCCAGCUGUAAACUCCCAGUCUAUUAUUGACGACGAAAAUUCAACAAAAGAACAAGAAUCUGGGUCUCCAACUGGUGACUACUCUGGUACCGAUUCAGGUGACGAUUUCAAGCCCUCAUCUAGUUCGUCUUCAUCCUCAAAUAGUUCCUCCAGUUCAAGUAGUUCAUCUAGUGAUAGUAGCUCUGAGAAUGAAGCUGUUGAUAACCAAGAGCCAACAUCAUCAAAAAAAAGGGGUAGAAAACGUUCACGUAAUCCUAAUGGCUGGAAAAAAAAUAUUGCAAAAAAAUUAAGGAAUUCCGGUAAUGAAUACCGUUCAAUUAAAACUGGUAAAACAGUUCAGGCUAAAAAAAUUGGUCCCCCUUGUUCCGAUAAGUGUCGGCUGGCUUGCUCAUCUCAUUUCACCCAAGAAAAAAGAAUCCAAAUAUUCAAUUCUUAUUGGGAGCUAGGCAGUAUAGAAAGACACCGUGAUUUUUUAAAUUCGUGCAUCAGACCACUCGAAAUUGCAAGUCGGCGUAUCAAUACGAAUCGUCGGUACCCAAGACAAGGUAACUCUGCAUUUUAUUUACUCAAUGAUGGUCAGUCAGUUCGAGUCUGCAAAACCUUUUUAAUCAACACCUUGGGUAUUUCACCAAGAACUAUACGAACUGUCAUUGAUGCUAAAAAACUCAAUGACGGUAUCAUUCCCGAAGAUCGCCGAGGCAAACACGAUAAGCAUUGCAAAUUGGAUAAUGAAGUGAUAAAAGCCGUCAGAGACCACAUUGAAUCUAUUCCAAAAGUAGAAAGCCACUAUCUAAGGGCAAACACAACUAGGCUUUUUAUUGACGGUGGUUUAACUAUUGCAGAAUUGCACAGAAACUACAAGGAGGUACAGGCACAAAAUAAUAAGCCAGCUGUUAAUUACGACGCCUACCAACGCAUUUUUAAUCAUGAUUUUAAUAUUGGCUUUUUUAGGCCGAAGAAAGACUUAUGUGAUCAAUGCGUUGCAUAUGAAAAUGCACCAGCUCAAGAAAAAGAAAAAUUGUACGCCAGCUACAAGGUUCACCAAGAAGAAAAGAGCUUGAGUAGAAUUGAAAAAGAUAGGGACAUGAAAGAAUGUCAAGAUCCUCAAAGUACUAACAUCGUAUGUACCUACGACCUACAAGCUGUCUUGCCAUGCCCUUUAGGAAAUUCAUCUGCUUUUUUCUAUAAAUCCAGGCUAAAUUGCUAUAAUUUCACUAUCUCCAAUGCAAAAGAUCGAGAAACUAAAUGCUAUUUUUGGCAUGAAGGCUUAGGCCACAGGGGAUCUAUAGAAAUAGGAUCUUGUGUGUACUCAUAUUUGUUAGAAGUUGCAAAUAAGUAUCCUGGCUAUAAUGUCAUUUUUUACUCAGAUAAUUGCUGCGGCCAGCAAAAAAACCGAUUCAUAUUUGCAAUGUACCAUUUCGCAGUAACAAAAUUAAAUAUAAAUUCUAUCGAACACAAAUUUUUGAUACGCGGGCACACACAAAAUGAAGGGGACACGGCACAUUCAAUUAUUGAAAAAGCCAUCGCUAGAGCAAAAAAAUCUGGACCCAUCUAUAUACCUGACCAAUACAUAUCUAUAAUAAGAGGAGCGAAGAAGACAGGGAAACCAUUUUUGUUGAAAGAAAUGAACUACAGUGAUUUUUUCGAUCUUAAGGCUUUAGCAGAUAACAUAAACUUUAACAUGAGCAAAAAUAUUGAAGGGGACGCAAUUAAAACUGGGGAGAUUAUGAGCAUUAAGUUUACUAAAAAUUGUGCCAAUUAUCAAUAUCGAACAACCUAUAAGACUGAAACAUGA